AUGCAGCUCACUCUCCUUGUACUCCUGGCCGGUAGCAGCCAGGCUGCCUGCAGCUCUGUUCUCCAGGCCGGCGCUACAACUGAUACUGCCACCGCUUACAUUUCGUCUUCGGACAGAAAAUACAAUGUCAGCUCGUGGGAAGCCCCCGUUUCCGGGGCCGGGACGCCGGGCAACUCAUCGACGUGGAACCUCAGCAUUGACGACACCACCUCUGGUCACAAGCAACCUGUCACGGGCUUUGGAGCUGCUGUGACGGAUGCCACCGUUGCCGUCAUCAACUCGCUCCCGGCAGAUUUGCGCAGUCAGCUCCUCUCCGAGCUCAUGACCUCGGCGGGUGCCGACUUCACCCUGCUGCGUCAUAGUAUUGGCGCCUCGGAUCUCUCUGCAGAUCCAGCAUAUACAUACGAUGACGCUGGUGGCCUGGUGGACACGAGCUUGGCCAACUUUUCGCUGGGCGACCGUGGGACAGCCAUGGCUGAAUUGCUGGCCGAAAUGCAGGCUCUCAACGCCAACUCAAAGCUUCUUGGCUCUGUCUGGGCGCCGCCUGCUUGGAUGCAGCUUGACCGGAACCUGACAGGCUCCACUGUCAAUAAUAACUUGAACCACUCCUACGUCGACUCCUACGCUCAGUACUUUGUCAAGUAUGUCCAAGCAUUCGCAACCAAGGGAGCACAUGUCGAUGCCAUCACCAUUCAGAAUGAGCCUCUUAACAGCCAAGCCACGUAUCCAACCAUGUACGUUUAUGCUGACGAAUCCGGCUCUCUCAUCCAAGACAAUGUCGGACCAGCUUUGAAGGCUGCUGGUCUGAGCACUGAGAUAUGGGCCUAUGACCACAACACCGAUGUUCCCAGUUACCCCCAGACAGUCAUUGACAUGGCGUCCGACUACGUCGACACUGUUGCCUGGCAUUGCUACGCCACCGAUAAUCAAUGGUCUGUCUUGACCGAUUUCCACAAUGCCAAUCCAAGUGCCAAGCAGUUCAUGACUGAAUGUUGGACCUCAUCCGAGUACACCACCUGGGUGGCCGCUUCCGGCUUCACGAUUGGACCAUUGCAGAAUUGGGCCCAGGGAUCACUGGCCUGGACACUGGCUACCGACCAGAACGAUGGACCUCAUCUCACCUCGGGAGGGUGUGACAGCUGCCGAGGUCUGGUGGUCGUCAACACAGAUACCAACACCUACGAGUUUCAGAUCGAUUAUUACAUGAUGGCCCAGUACUCCAAGUUCAUUCCCCAGGGAGCUCUCAUCCUCAACGGCACCGGCAGCUACACCUACGACGGUGGCUCCGGCAUCCAGUCCGUCGCAUCGCUUAAUCCCGAUGGGACAAGAACCGUUGUCAUCGAGAACACUUUCGGCAACGACGUCUAUGUGACUGUAGACACCACGAGCGGCCAGGAAUGGAGCGGCAACGUGUAUGCCAAUAGUGUUGUUACCUGGAUCUUACCGUAA